AUGACCUUAAUAGACAAAAAGUCUCUGCUAAGGAUCAAACUCGAUCAAAUCAUUGAGGGAAAGAAACAACAACCUUCUUCGUCAAAACUUGCUGUGUUUUUGUAUCGGAAUAGAGAGAAUGGUGCAAUAUUAUUCAAUGAUGAGAAGGAAGAAGAACAAAUAUUAGAGAUGGCAUUUAGUGGAUCCGACGAACAAUCCGAAUCUCAUCCAUGCUGUUCUAUUUCAUCGUUACCUAAUUUGCUCCAGAAACGAUAUCAAAAAUUAAAACAUGGUUCUUCUAUUCAUUCCGACCUCAUCUCAUCAAAAAUUAAAUUAAGGAAACAGUUCUCCAAGUAUGAAUAUUCAUUUCUUGGUGUGGAUACCUCUUCACCAAAAACUGGAGUUGGUCAUGAUGAAAUAAUUGACGUUUAUGAAGAAUAUCUGGAGGAUGAUGAUCAAUGGAUUUCUGAAGAAAAUCAUCCAAUAAUUAUUUCAACGGAGAUUAACGAUAAACAAGACGAGCCCAAGAGUUCGGAGGUUUUAAACGAGAACGUCGCCUUUAAUGAAUAUUCCCAUAAUAAUGAUUACGAAGAAUUCAUAGAAGAUGAAUCCAGUGCUCUUUCACCAAAAGAACAAAAGUCUAUUAAUGAAGAAACAGACCAAAUAGAUGACGAUUUUAUCGACGAAAACAUGUUAAUUGCAACAUCGUUCCACAUAGAAGAAAAAAUCGGUGACAGAAAUCACGACAAGAUCCAAAAAGCCGAAGAAAAAAAUGUGAAUGAAUCGAUUGACUGCGUGAGCGGAGAAGAUGACACAAGCGAAUUUCAAAUUUUCACCAUUUCUCCAGAAGAAUUCAAUUUUAAUGAUAACGGUGAGACCCCAGGAAAUUCGAUAAUAGAUUUUCCAGAACCACUCGACAUGGAUGGUGUCAACGAUGUUUUUAGGGAGGGGCAAAACAACAACAAAACUCUUUUAGAUGCAGACCAACCAAUAGAGUUAGAAUAUAACUCUAAUGGUUCAUCAUCUGCAUCGCUCAAUUCCCCUCCUUUGAACAAUUUUGACUCAUUCACCUACCAACCAGCUACUGACGACAACAAUUUUGGAACUGUUUUUGUAGAUGACCAUCAAGCCAAGUUAGAGGCGAGUUCAUCUCUUACUGACAUAGCGAACGAAACCGAUCAAGAAUUGUCAGAUUUUCAGAAAUUACACCAAGAAGCAGAGCCUUUUCGUAAAUAUGCAAAUGAUGAUGGAGUUGACUCGGCUUUUGGAUCACUUAGAAAACAUAAAAAGCGUAACUACCGUAAAAAGAGGCUGUCUGCCGUGGAGAGUAAUGCCAAGGAUAAUGAGGUAAUUGUUGUUGGGCAAAUCAAAACCAUCCAACCAUUAGAGAGUGAUUUUGGUAUGGACAAUCGAAAAGUAUCCCCUCUGGAUAUUUCGAAUGUUUCUCAUUCUUCGACUCACUUUUCAUCAAACAAUGAAGAACCUCCAGUAUCACUAGUAUCGUUGCAUGAAUUUUUACAAGAGGACGCAGUACUUAUUGAUAACUUUUCAAAACUGAACCACCGCAUUUCAGAGCAAAAGCAACAUGAAUAUUUAGAGACACCUUCCAGACAACACUCUUCUCAAACCAACACUGUUGUACAAUAUGAAGAACUCUCUCCAACACCUCCUCUAUUUAAAAAACCAACAGGAUGGGAAGAACCAUUACACUUUCUGCACACAGAAAAGCCGCUUCUAGUUCAUCCAAUGCUCGAUAAAUUGAGAAGGACAAUUAUUGACAUGAUUGACACUGCUCUUAAUGAAAGCACACCAUCUUCUCAAGGUCCUACAUCUUUGACCAAUACUGUUAUAGUUAUGGACAGAGGUUCUCGUUUUUUGACUCCAUUAAUUCAUUCAAUAUAUGCCAUCUUGUUGAACAGACCCAAGAGCUCUCUUUUCAAAGGAGAACGAGAUUUAUGUGGAAUUUUUUCGAAAUUAACUUGCUUGAAAGAAGACAAUGUGAUGCAAGAAUUUCUCGCAUUUAAGGAAAUCAGGUCAUUACAUGACCAGAAAAAGCUCAAAGAACGAGAUUUGCUCUUAAUUCAAUAUUUACUUCAGAGGAAAUUGCUUGCAUAUUGCACAUUUGAGCUGGUAAACACACCUGCGCUCUUAUCAGAAUCCUAUGAAGAGACAUCACUUCUUAACGAUCGUGCAUAUGCCAGACCAUUCUUUGCCAUAUUGAAUCUACUCAAGAAGCAUGUGAAUUUUGAACUGAGAUUUGAGUUUGACAAAGCUGGAGACAUGAAUAAUACCAAUGGCCACGAUAUUGUGCUUGUCACAUCACUCCAACAAAAUAUCAAAACACUUUUGCAAUAUAUUGUGCAAGUUGGAAAGGCCGAGAAUUUAACUGUGGAGCUGGUCACGGACGAAUCCAAAAACCACAACCUGGGGCGAGUUGUGCGAACUCUAUUAAUGUACCCUCUAAAAUCCAUAUUGUCUGACAAACUUGUAUUAGAGACGAAAUGGUUGAAUAGCGGCAAUUUCGUCAGUCAUCCAUGGCAAUUGAUUGUGGUUUGUGCUCAAGGCCCGUUGUCCAAGGUUGGUGUCAACUUGAAAACUGGUCACUCCUUUCAGAAUAUUGUUCUUACCAUUGACUCACUCGUGAAGAGAAAGAAUCAAACGAAAACACAACUCAUGGACGACAAGUUUUUCUCAUUUGUGAUCUAUUGUUUGAAUUACCAAAUACUGUUCGAAGCCAUGAAAUUUAUUUUCAAGAACAUUGUCAUUUUGGAGAAGAACUUCUUGCCACAAUCAGUCAUGCUCAACAUUCAGGCACAAGAAACUAUACUUUCGUAUUUGCAACCACUAUCCAAAAUACGAUUUACUUUGAAUUUUUACUAA